UCGUGUAAACGUGCGGGCGGCGCCUUGCAAGGGCAGCCUUGCCGUUUCCCUCGAAACGCCCGCAAUUGCGCGCUACGUGCCCCCAACGACUCGUCGAUAUGCGAUCCGCAAUGUGAAGCAAGGGUCCAGUCGCGAUAAGAUAAGCACAGCAACACGUUGUUCUUGUCCCAACCCCACCCUGUGCCGAUUGCGACUGGCGUCUGUCAUCCGACGCAGUAAACGUAACCGCCCGCAUUCUAGCUCCGGUGAACACUUCAGUAAUUCGCGGCAUAAGUGCAAGAAACUGUGCGCCUGCUGAAAUCCGCUAGUGAACAGGACUGGUGUGCCGACAGAUUGACGACUGCAGGGAUCGGCGUGUCUCCGAAGAACCGACAUUGGAAUCGCACUGUUCGCUUCCAAAGUGAGACCUUUGCUUCCUGCAGAGAGUUGUACUGAAGCGUUCCUGAGUGCUGAAAACCAAGAUGAUGUCACAGCAUCUCGUCGUGUUCGUGGGAAUUCUUUGUACGACAAAUUUAAUGUGCGAGCCUCAGGCCGCACCGUACAGCGGCCAGCCUUCGCCCCUGCUGGGCGACUCGCAGCAGAGCCCAGCGAUGCGCGAGCUGUCCAAAGCGCACGCCGAGCAACUGGCCCGCGCCGAGGAGUCCAUCGCCGAGCUAGUGCGCCAGCUCAAGGCGCUGCCGCCUGACGACGCCCGCAGGGAGCCACUCGCUGCCCAGCUGCGGCAGCAGCAGCAGGCACUCAGGGACACACGCGACAAGUUCCGCGACCAAGCUGCUCUGCCUACUCAAACACGAAGCCGCCAACAAUGGCACCCUCGCCAACGACAAGGAAGCUCAAGACGCUGUCCUGCUGCAAUGUACUGGAGCCGUUUCACUGACUGCAGUCAACGCAUCUCAAACGCACGCAAACGCGACUGCGAGACGAUGACUAUCUGCAAUGUAGCAUCUGCUAGAAACAAACCGUGCUCCAAGGGUUUUUCUACGGCACCCUGGAGCGCGCAUAAUUUAAAUGACAAUCAGUGAUGGCACGUGUGCGACAGGUGUUGUUUCCUUUCGAUAAGCCCCCAAGUGUAUAUACCUUCAAAACAUGCUAUGAUUGUUCCGGCAUCAGAGCGUUGAAAGGAAGAAUGAGAUUAUUGGGGCUUAAACUCAAUAAAAAAGCCCCAUUUUAAUAAAAAGACUACCUUUAUAAAGUUGAGUAUAGCGACCACUUUUGCAGCGCCAACGUUCGCCAUGCGCCUCUAAAACCGGUUGGACAUCAGUACCCACACAACAAAACACCGCACAAGUUUUAUAUCUUGUUCCUCCUUUCCUUGUGUUAUGUAUCAAGGUGACGAACGUUAAACUCGGUUUUACAACUGAAACGCUGUGAUACACGGCCACAGCCAUCAAACGUGUCAGAAAGAAAAUUGCAGCAGCUACUAAAGCAGUGAAACCAGGGGCCAGGUGGCAUCAUUUCCCUUUGUUAUUUCCCAAAAUAAUUUAGAGCAAACCUGAGUACGAGAGGUAUUGAUUUAAAAGGAUGACAGGGUAGUCAACAAUACAAAAGUUCUCACACUCAUUCUAAGAGUAUUUACGGUCAAGAUACUAUCCUUUCCUUGGCCGAUUUUUUCGGAACGCGAACAGCCGCGGUACUGGCGCAUGGUUAUCACAGGUUCAGAGGGUAUGGGAACAAGCACAAAAAAAAAAUACCCACCCUUCCCCUACCCGAAAAUGUGGGUAAUCGAAGCUUGUCGUGUGUUUCUUCUGUGUUCCUCGGAACGAAUUGCACUGACGAGUACCACGUUGUGCUCGAGCCACAACCGGUCACACGCACUGCAACUGGCUCUGAAGUUCCGGUUGAGAAACUCGCGUUGAAACCUGGCCAUCGCACCGGUGAAGUUGGCGCUAACGUUGCCGAGGCGUGCACUACCGUUGUCGGGUUUCUGGAGGGCAAGACGACGCUGACGUUUGGCCUCAACAUCGCGCUCCCGCAGCUCCGAGUUCGCGGCUCUUCGCUGACGUUUCGCCUGGGCUUCGGAAGCCGUCACGCUAGAAUCGGCACGGCGACGACGAGCCCUUUCCCGAGCGAGUUCGCGGCGCCAUUGCUCAAACGCAGCCUGUUCCUCGGCGGAGCGCACCACGCGCAGCCUUCCCAACCGGCCGCAGAGACUGAUCUGAAGCGAGGGAAGCCCGGCGGAGCACGCGCCAACCCCCUUUCCUUACCUUUCCAUCCCUGCGACAAACCAAACGACCCUGAUAGGCCUCGCACGUCACGUGAUCCGGCGCCGGCGCAGCUGUAACAGCUGCUGUACUGUGGGAGCAGCCGGGUUUUCUGCGGGACCACGACAACGCCAUCGAAACUUGUGAGCCAAUAUAAGCUUCGCUUGAAAAAGAAAACGAAAAUUUGACGGGGACGAGCGAGAGAGGACACCCGCCGUGGUGGUGUAUUGGCUUUGGUGUUGCGCUGCUAAGCCCGAGGAUGCGGGAUCAAAGUCCGGCCACGGCGGUCGCUUUUCACGGCGGUCGCUUUUCAACAACCGUGUACCAGUGCUUUGGGCGCACGUUAAAGAACUUCAAGUAGCCAAAAUUGAUCCGGAGUCUCCCACUAUACGGUGCGCCUCAUUAUCAUGUCGUGGUUUUGCCGCGUAAUACAGCAGACUGUAAUUGAAUUUUUCGAGGCAGGACACUGUAUCAAAUGCGUUCUCGUCCUCGUCAAUUUCGUUCUUGUUCCUAUUCUAUAAAUAUAUGUAUCAACUCGCCCAACAACACGCCUUACUAAGACACGAUAUCACAUAUGUUUUCUUUUUUUUUUUUU